AUGCCAUUCAGACAGGCGCUUCAGGGCAUUAUUGAUAAGGCAGACAAGGCUUGGGAGGAAAUAAGCCAUCACGCCACUCAGCCGGUACCGUCGUACAACAAGCCUCCCCUACCGCCUAUUCCAACCUCUAGCAAGCCACCACUAGCUUAUCAGGAACAGUACUCGCAACCCCAGAUCUACUGGCGGCCCAAUCUACAUCCUCAAGUACCGGUGUCCUCCAACUUUGACCACCAACAGGGUCAACAUGGAUGGGGCAACAAUGAGUCGCAGAAUUAUACCGACAGCCCUCAAAACUCAUUCCACUCAAUCCAGGGCGAUGCGGUGAUUGUGCGCGCUCUGAUCAACCACGGGCAUCCCGACCCUGCCCAGAAGUUUACCAGCGCCAGACUGUCGAGUCUCCAGACCCUCAGCCGACCACGGGGCUGUCUGUCGGCCAGAAUUACGGCGCCGGUGGCCCGAGGUAUCUGGCCUGCCUUUUGGCUGCUGCCUAAAGACCCAUUCAAGUGGCCUGAGGAUGGCGAAGUCGACAUAAUGGAAGCGUGGAACGGCGAUGCUGUGAACCACACUUGUCUGCAUUGGGGCCACUUCAACGGCCAGGACUGGAACAAGCAUCGCGUUCUCGAAACCCCCAUCCCCAACAUUAGCUCGCCGGCGGGGGUGAGGUACGAUUUUAUCUGGGACGAGGACGAAACAACGGGCAGGGGGCGCUUGGUCUGGUUGAUUGAUGGCGCGCCCAUCAUGAGGGCCGAGAAGCCGCCUGGCACGAGGAAGAUGAGCGAGUUCAGAAUCCUCAUCAACAUCGCUGUUGGAGGGAAUGUCUGUCAGGGAAAUAUGCCCAGUGAUGGAUGCUACGAGAUGGUGGUUCGUGAGUUGACCAUGUGGGACGCGCCGCCUUGGGGGUGGAAAGAGUUUGACAGGGCUUGGAGAGAUUCCAAAGAUGGCAAUACCAUGUAA